AUGGCUCGAUUAGAGAGGCUUGUGGGGACUGAGAAUGCUGAGAGGGUUCUAGAGGUUAUUGCUAAUUGUAAGGAAGGUAGUGAUUUGUUAAUCUGGGCUACUAGUGAAAAUGUGGCUGCUGAAGUCUGGAAAAAAAUUGGAGUUAUGCUUGGUCUUCCAAUUGGAAUAAACUGGUAUGAAACCUGCCUUAGUUGGUUUCGGAGGGCUUCAAAUGCCUCUCAAACUGGUGUCAUUUUGGGUGUAUUACCUACAGUUAUUUCGUGGAGGCUAUGGACUAGGAGAUGUAAGGCUCGUAUGGAAGGGAAGAUGGAAUCUGGUCAAUUGUGUGGCAAUCUAUCAAACAGUGGGUGGGCAUUAUCUGUCAAGGCAUGGUCUAAGCCGGCUCAAGGCCGUGUGAAGCUAAACACGGAUGGUAGCAGUCUAGGGAAUCCAGGUGAGUCAGGGGCAGGAGGUGUGAUUCGGGAUAUGCAUGGAACGUUGUUGUUAGCUUUUGCUAAGAAUCUCGGGUAUGGUAAUAGUACUUAUGCGGAGUUAAGAGCGCUAGUGGAGGGUGUCAAACAUUGUAAGAACAUGAAUUUCAGUGCAGUUGAUAUUGAAAUGGAUUCGAAAGUGAUUCUAGCAUGGUUAGAUAAGAACAGAUGCGGUAGCUGGUAUUUGGAGGAUGUUUGGGAGGAAUUGCAACUUCAGCUCAUUAAUAUGGAUAUACGGUUUAUGCACAUUCAUAGGGAAGGAAAUGCUGUUGCGGACUGGUUAGCUAGAAGGGGGGCAAGUGAUGGUGAUGUGGAAUGGUGGAGUAUGGGUGAGGUUUCUCCCCUGUCACGGGGUUUGAUUAUAGUUGAUAAAUGGGGUCUCCCUUCAAUUAGGCGGAAGAACUGGAUGAGUUAA